UUUGAAAAUAGAAACAAGUAGUCUUGUAGUUAAACUAUGCAUUUCUACACAACAUUAGUUGUACUGCUAUUAGCAGUGUUUGGCGUUUGGGCUCAAGAAUUGAAUGUGGAAACUGAAGUAAAGACUGAGAAUGAGCCAGUUGCUAUUCAGAGACCUACCUCAACUGGACAUGGAUUCAAAUUCAAUGCAAACACUGAGAGCAGAAAAGUUGGGCUCCAAAUAUUAGAUGGUUUAAUGAAAAAGCAUUUGGGAUUAGUUAAGGCCAAUGAAACCAAAUCUGAGGACACGGACGAAGAAAAGAGAGAGAAGAGGCAUUACGGAAGUUAUGGGGGUUAUGGGGUCUUAUUUCAAGAAUCGAGAGUCGAUUCCAAACCUAUUGGAUCUAAAUUACGAGAAAAGCGUGGAUUUCUUGAUCUAUUCUUCCCACCCAUCCAGGAGAUAGUGGUUGAACACCACUACAUUUAUAUUUGGGCUCAAGGAUUGAAUGUGGAAACUGAAGUAAAGACCGAGAAUGAGCCAGUUGCUAUUCAGAGACCUAUCUCAACUGGACAUGGAUUCAAAUUCAAUGCAAACACUGAGAGCAGAAAAGUUGGGCUCCAAAUAUUAGAUGGUUUAAUGAAAAAGCAUUUGGGAUUAGUUAAGGCCAAUGAAACCAAAUCUGAGGACACAGACGAAGAAAAGAGAGAGAAGAGGUAUUACGGAGUCUUAUUUCAAGAAUCGAGAGUCGAUUCCAAACCUAUUGGAUCUAAAUUACGAGAAAAGCGUGGAUUUCUUGAUCUAUUCUUCCCACCCAUCCAGGAGAUAGUGGUUGAACACCACGUGCCGUACUAUCCGCCUGAUUAUGUGGUCGAAGAACUGGAUAAGAAAUGUAUUAUAUUACUUAUCGUCUUAUUUAUAGAUGUUGAGACAAUUGAAGUAAAGAGCGAGGAGUCGUCAAAAGUAUCAAACAGUGAUCCGACAAAAUUGGAUUUAUUGGAGGCUUUGUUUUACCCCAUAUUCAAGAGAACAACUGUUGAAGAGGAAAGAGCCCCGGUAUUCAAGAAUGUGUUACCAAUGUUGACCACAAUAGCUGAACAGAACCAGAAUCUCAAAAACCAACAAAACUUUUUGGAUAAUCAAAGAAAGAAAAGAUCUAUUGGUUUACCCAUAAGACCGUUGAGUCCAGUAGCGAAAGGCAAUCAUCUGAUCCGAGAGAUCCGUAUGACAGCAAUGGCCACACUAUUGGUGAAACAGUUGACUAUAUUGUUGUGGAAGUCGUGGAUAACCCGACGAAGACACUGGAUAUCAACCAUAUUUGAAAUACUGACACCUCUUGUGCUGUCGUUCCUCAUCGCAUACAUCUAUGCGAAGACACAGCAGUUGACCCAAAACAUGACAUCCAGUCUGGAGGCCCAGGGAAUAGAUCUGUCAAACAUGACAUCGCAGUCGGUAUCAGUUCGUGACAUUCCUCCGGUUAUCUUCAAAUACCCGACCAUUGAUGUGAUAUUCAACAAUCGCCUCAACUUUGAGGGCCAUAUAAUCUACGGCCCGACCUCUGCGACCACCGACGCCCUCAUGCGAAGAGUGCAGGACUACUCACCAUAUAGUCUGAGAAUCAGUGGUUUGGCGACCGAAGAGUUAGUGAACGCGAAGAUGGAGUCCUUUGUGUCCAAUGAGACGAUUGACACGAAUCUCCUCCGCAGCACUUAUGGCCUUAUAUUUGAUGAAAACUCUUUGCGAAACAAUCGCCUCAACUAUACUCUGCGGAUGUUUGGAGAGAUGGCAUUCAUAGUGAAUAUAGUGUUUCCCAAUAAGUUCUUUCCCGGACCGGCAGCUGAUCUCAAGCCAUACACCGAACACUUCGGUCCCCUUCAGAUCCUUAUAAACCAGGCGUUUGUGUCACAACUGACACAAUCGGGCGCUAAGAAGAUUGACAUCAAGAGAGUCCAGACGUUUAAAUACCCAUUUCCUGGCUUUAAGAGCACCGGUGAUGAGAGUCAGUUGUUUUCGCUGCAGGACUUGAUUGCGGCCACCAUUGCCAUCGGAUAUGUAGUGAUGUGUCCAUUGAUUGUCAAACGUAUAACCGAUGAAAAAGUGGCCAAAGCCAAGGAAAUGAUGCGAAUGAUAGGAAUGUCCGAUUGGGUGUUCUGGUCGUCCCAUUUCAUCUCCUACUUCCUGAUAAUGGUUUUCCAGUCCGUGAUGUUCACCAUUUUCUAUUGCGCCGGCUUUGGAGGCGAUCCCGUCAUAAGCUACACGAGUGGCAGCCUAUUCUUCGCCAUAUUAUUCAUCUACAGUAUUCAAUCCAUUCUCUUCUGUAUGACAAUCACAACGAUAUUCAAUCGCCCGGUGCUGGCAGUGAUUGUAACCGUCAUCUUAUGGAUAGUGACAUAUGCCGUACCAAUUGGUAUAUUGAAUCCAUUUUUCCAUAAGAAUAUGGAUAUUAUUGGCACAAACUCUGCGAGAAUGCUGUCCUCAUUGCUACCAAAUAUGGGUCUUUCCUGGUGUAUGUCCAUUAUGGGUCAGUUUGAAGUCAUGGGCACCGGUGCCAACUGGUCCACACUGUUUCGAAACACAUCCGUCUAUAACAGCCUAACCCUAGCAUUGGUUAUGUGUAUAAUGUCAUUAUCUUGUCUUAUGUAUGGAGUUCUCAUCUGGUAUUUAGACAAUGUGUGGCCCUUUCAAUACGGAGUUCCCAAACCUGUUUGCUUCCCAUUCUAUAUGUCGUAUUGGUUUCCCUCUAAAUACCGAGACUUCGAUGAGAAACCCGAAGCAAAAUCAGAUUUAGUGAUCGAUACGAGAAAUUUCGAGAGAGAACCCGAAGCGCCCGUCUCUGUGAGGAUCAAGAAUUUGCACAAAGAGUUCGGUGGUUAUGGCACUCAACACAAGACAGCCGUUGAUAAUAUGUCACUCAAUAUAUACGGCCGACAAAUCACAGCACUGUUGGGACAUAACGGCGCUGGGAAGACGACUACAAUGAAUAUGAUUACCGGUAUAUUUCCGCCCUCAGCCGGAACAGUACAUGUGGACGGGUAUAACAUUCAGACUGAGACUAAUAAAGCGCGACGAAGUAUUGGGUUGUGUCCACAGGAAAAUGUCAUAUUUAAUGAGUUGACUGUUGGACAACACCUGAAAUUGUAUGCCGUUCUCAAGGGCUGUGACUGGGAUUCAGUUGAUCUCGAAGUGAAACAAACGCUGGAAAUGUUGAAACUGACGGACAAAUUGCAUGCAAUGGCGGAGUCGUUGUCGGGAGGAAUGAAACGCAAGUUAUCGCUGGGCAUCGCUAUAGUGGGCGGCACUCGUAUACUCAUUCUGGAUGAGCCCACGUCAGGCAUGGAUCCCGAGGCCCGGCGUGUUGUAUGGGAUCUCUUGCAGUACUUACGGUGUGAGCGAACAAUACUAUUGACCACACAUUACAUGGAAGAGGCAGAUGUUUUGGGCGACAGAAUAGCCAUUAUGUGUGAGGGGAGAGUCAAGUGUUGCGGUUCUCCGAUGUUUCUCAAGAAACGGUUUGGCGCCGGAUAUCAUCUGCGAGUCUGCAAAGGCUUGAACUUUAAGCCAACAUUAAUUGGACAGACAUUACAGAAAUAUCUACCAAAAGCUCAACUCCACAGUGAAAUUCAAUCAGAAGUGAUCUAUUCGUUAGAAUCCAAUGAUAGAAACACUUCGGAGAACUCGACUCAAGUAUUUCCACAACUUUUUGACGAAAUCGAGACAAAUAAGGAAAAGUUGGGAAUCGCGUCGUGCGGUCUCACCAUCACUACUAUGGAAGACGUGUUCUUACGAGUAGGCAAUGAUGAUGUCGAGGGUAUUGACACCGAUAUGAUGAACAGUCGCACCAAACUGAAGGACAAGUCAUCGGACAGUUUGCUUCAUAAGAGCGCUAAUCAUUUGACUGGAAAUGAGUUGCUUUAUAACCGUUUUACGGGUCUCCUUAUGAAACGGUUCCACUAUUCCAAGAGAUACUGGCCUAUGAUGUGCUUUCAACUACUAGUGCCCGCAUUUUUGUUUGUCAUCGCAUUGCUUACCGAUUAUGGCAUUCGCAACUCAAUCACCGGUCAAUCCAAGAACUUGGAUCUAAAUCUGAAACAAAUGUAUGGCAAGACUUUCGGAUUUUUCCAGUCGUUCGCUUAUCCAGACUUUGGACCCGUUUAUCAGUCAAAUGGCAAUAAUGACGACUUAAACACAACUAUUUUAGGCCCGUAUGAGGAGCCUAACAAAUGGGCGCUCAGGUAUGCGGACAAUCUGGAAGAAUACUCUCAUCACUAUCUGACCGGUGCUACUGUCGAAGGAAAUACAGCUUCAAUUUGGUAUAACAACGAAGCCAUUCACUCGCUUUCCAUCGCAAUCGACCUCUUCUUUGAAUCACUGCUUAAAUAUUUAUUACCCGACGUGAGGGACAACAUAUCGAUUACUGUCCGCAAUCAUCCGCUCUCUUACAGUGAGAACACCGUUAGCUUUACGGCCGUCAUAUUUGGUUGGGCCGUCACUUGCCUUAUGCUGACUCCCAUAACAGUGCCAUUCAUUGGUGCCUCUUAUGUACUCUUCCCGAUCAACGAACGCAUAUCUAAAGCAAAAUUAUUGCAAUUAAUGACAGGACUGUCGGCACCGCUCUUCUGGUUCUCGAACUUAGCCUUUGAUUUACUCAACCAUUCAUUAGUUGUGAUAAUAAUUUACAUAAUUUUCGCUAUUUUUGAUUUCAAUCACAUAUUCUUCGCGCAAUCAAAUACAGCCAUCGGUUUGUUUUUAAUGCUAUUCCUGUUUGGCUUCGCGUCUAUACCACUGGCCUAUUGUUUCUCACUAUUGCUCAACAAGCCGUCCACAGGUUUCGCAGUUCUCGUCAUAUUAUACCUACUGUUUGGAGUGAUGUCCAUAUCAGCGAUGGGUGUCCUCGACCUCAUCGUCAAUGUUAUGAAAAUGAAUAUCAUAUCCAGUGUUAAAUUCAAUACAAUCCUCUCAUUCUUCCGACUCAUACCCGUCUUCUCAAUGAGUUUCGGAAUCCAAAAGCUCUAUCGAAUCGGAUCUUUCGCACAGAUUUGCAAAGAAUACGAGUCCAAGAAUAUGACACUUCUUUGCAGUUUCAUCGACAGGAAGAGCAUUCUCUACGGCUGUUGUAUUGACAAGUGUUCGCCAACUAAUGAAUGCUAUAGUAAUCAGAAUCCGUUAAGUUUUGAUCACAACGGCGUCGGACAAGAGUUUGUAUAUCUGGUGGCCAGCGGUCUCUUCUUUAUGGCUAUUCUCCUUCUAUUCGAAGUCCAAUGGAUGAGAAAACUAUGGUAUAGAAUACGCGAAUCGCGAGUCCGGUCCUCAAACAAUGGCAUUGCUAUGGUAUCCGUGAAUAAUGAAUACCAGAGCAAUGAGGACUCGGAUGUGGUCGCAGAGAAGUACCGAAUAGAAGGGCUGAACGAUCGACGAAAUCUGAGCGAAGAGGCGUUGGCUGUCAUUAAUUUGUCCAAAAACUUUGGUUCAUUCAAAGCGGUCGAUAACUUGACAUUUGGUAUCCAUAAGGAGGAGUGUUUCGGUUUACUGGGAGUGAACGGCGCCGGAAAGACCACUACAUUCUCGAUGCUUACCGGAGAUCUGAUGGUCUCCAAUGGCAACGCGUUUAUCGAUAAUUACACCUUAAGAGAAGACUUGAAGGCAUUCCAACAACAGAUCGGUUAUUGUCCCCAAUUUGACGCACUCCUCGAGAAGUUGACGGGAAAGGAAAUGCUGUAUCUUUUCGCCCGACUCCGUGGGGUUCCGUCGAAUAAAAUCGACGGCGAAGUGCAGGCGCUCAUCAAAAUGGUUGACCUCCAGAAUCACGCCCACAAGUGUACGGAGACGUACAGCGGCGGCAAUCGGCGAAAGUUGUCGUUAGCCCUCGCGAUAGUGGGUACGCCUCCCGUCAUAUUCCUGGAUGAGCCCACGGCUGGGGUCGACCCGACCGCCCGACGCAAGAUCUGGUCGACACUGGUCUACAUUCAAGAGAAAUAUCAAUCGGCGAUAGUAUUGACGUCCCAUUCGAUGGAGGAGUGCGAAGCCCUGUGCUCUCGGAUCGCGAUUAUGGCGAACGGGAAGUUCAAGUGCUUGGGACCGACGCAGCACUUGCGCCGUAAGUUUGGACAGGGAUUUACGAUCGUUAUUAAGUUGAGUCGCGAACUCAACGACGACUCCAAUUAUGUGGUCGAAGUGCAGCAAUACAUACAAAAAGCGUUUCCCUCAGCGGUGCUCAAAGACUCGCACCAAUGCCUUCUUCACUAUCACAUCACCGACACGUCCGUCCAGUGGUCGCAGUUGUUCGCUGUCAUGGAGACGGCCAAAGGGCGCCUCCAGUUGGAGGACUAUUUGGUUUCCGACACCACUUUAGAACAAAUAUUUUUGGCAUUUGCUAAAACUCAGCGUUAGUUUUGACUGAAAAAUACAGUAUAAAAUGAAUUCAGUUUUAGUAUUUAUUUGAACCAUAAUUAAUGCAUCAAAUCGUAUGAAAUACAAUAUAUUCUUAUAUUUAUUGGAUAUUAUUUAAGCACCGAAUUACU